GUGAGUGAGUGAGUGAGUGAGUGAGUUAGCAAUGUAGAUCUCUUCUUGGCUCACAUAGUGAUGUUAUUUCAUCUCCCCCAGGCUUCGGGAGAUGCUGAGAAGAUGGAAUCGGAGUGGGCUUCCAGAACCAUCGUGGUGUCCGGCAUUCCCGAGGACGUGUUGCCCAUUGCCGUGAUGGCCGACAAGCUCACCAUUCACUUCCUGAGGCCGAGGAAUGGCGGCGGGGAGGUGGAAAACGUGGUCUAUCCGUGUGAGGUCAAGGGCAACGCUUACGUCACGUUCGAAGAGGAGAAAGUUGUGGAGAGCGUGCUGAAGAAAGACGAACAAGCCCUGGAGGACAAGGCGUUGCCCUCGAGAUACCCGCUGAAGGUUUCACGCUACAGAGUGGACGUGUUUACGCGGGUCUCGGUGGACCUGGACCUAUCGAGCCUGGAGCCCAGGAUGGACGUCGGCAAACUCCUGCGAGACCUUCAGAGCAACAACAAGUCGCUUCACUUCUCCGCCCGCGGCGAGCGCAAGCUGCACGUGGAUGGCACGUUCACGGCCAUCAAGGAGCUCCGCAAAGACCUCUUGAGCAGGAUCGCUGAGCUGCCCCCGAGGAGGGUCCCCAAACCCGCGGGGAAAGACGGUCCCCAAGCCAAGGAGUCCCGCAAGUCUUGUCCUCCCGCACCUCACGAGGAGGCCACCAUCAUCCUGGACUCGGACAUCUUCAGGUACAUGGACAUGUUCUGCAAAGAGGAGUACGAGGGCAUCCUGCGGAAGCAGCGGGUGACCAGCCGAGUGUCCGAGUCUGACGACCUGACCACCAUCCAGCUGGAGGAGGCCGGGGACUUGCACGACGCCUCCCAGCUGACGGUGGCCAAGUUUAGCCUGGAGAUGCUCAUCAACCGCAUGCAGCAGCUGCUGGUCAGCGAGAAGGUGCGGUUGGAGCCCGGGGGGGCCGGGGGGCAGAGUCGCGGGCGGGCGCUGGAGAUCUGCGAAGACCUGAAGCCUCGCUUCCCCACUGUCCUGGUCCACCGCACGGCCGAGCACGUCACCCUGAUCGGCAGCUCCAGCGAGUCCUACCAGUUCCGGCGGGAGGUGGAGAACGAGCUGAAGUCCGGGCAGACGGUGGGGGGGGGCGAGCUCAAGCCGCCCGGGCAGUCAACGCGGGUGGUGGCCGGCAGCGAGACCACCUACCGCUUCAGCCAGGGCUUGAGCUCUGCGGACGUGGGCGGGCUGCGCGCGGACACCGCCCUGGUCGGCGAGUACUACCCGAGCAAGAAGAGCCACGUGGAUCCGAGCGGCAAGAGGCUGUACGACAGCCUGGCCUACCCGUGCGGGGCAGAGGACGGGAGCGGGAAGCGCGGAGGCUACCACUCGCUCCCGGGGCCGCUGGCCGGAGGCACGUCCGCCCUGGCUCUGGGCUCGCACUCGUUCUCCACCCGCUCCAGCUCGGUCCGCGACGGCCACUCGGUCAACCCCGUCCGAUCUCCGCCCGGGGUCUGAGAGAGAGGUGGGAUUGGGGGGGGACCCGCACGCCCGCACACCGACUUUGUAUGGGACGGAACAUGCCCGGGGAGAGAGAGAGAAAGAGAGAGAGAGAACGAUGGACAUCCUUUAGCACAUAUUUGCCGACUCAUGUCCUGUAAGAACCGCAGAGCCCCGAGGAGCCUUCAUACUUGUCUCUCGUCCCAUUUUACUAAUCCGUGGCAGCACUUUAUCUUCUUAAUCCCAUCCCAUCGUUCCCCUCCCAUUCCACCCCCCACCUCACACUCCACCUCAGCCCUCUCCCCACCCCACCCGCUUUGCUCCACGACCUUAGUUGCGUCAGCCCCGCAUAGUUGGUAGCCCACUCGCCUCGACGAGUCAGAAGCUUGUGGGUUUCAAGCCCUCACCUCAGGAGUUGGGAGUCACACAGUCUUAAGUUGACCCUCCAAUUCAAGAUGGUAGCGGGGGAGGGGGCGGUGGGGGCGUUUUUGCAUUGUCAAGAGUGCCGUCCUUCGGAUGAGUCGUUAAAACAGGUCCUGUCUGACUGUCCAGAUGGACGUUAAAGAUCCCAAUGGUAACGUUUGGAA